CCAGCAUGUCGCGCUCGAGCGACUCAACCCGUCACUCUCAAGAACCACUUGCGACAGCUUCAGCAAACUACACAGUUCCACAACGACAAACGAUAAGGGCGUUGUUGUCAUUCGAACUAUUGUUUCUUUCUCUAGCUUGAGGGCAGGCGGCGACCAACGAACAGCCGAGGCUUUCCGAAGCAGCAGUAGAAGAAAGAAUCGUAUCAGUGGAGCUGGAGGUAACCCUCCAAGCGGUGGCAUUAUUUCGUUUCCUUGCCGUUGGUCUUGUGACCUUUUCACACGUUCCGUCACCAAGCUUACCAUUUAGUCCGCCACCGCACCACGGAUCACCAUGGCGGAGCCUUACAACGAUGAGGACGGCUACAAUGAUGGUCGUCCCAUGCUAGAUGAAGCUCAGAGCCAGCAAAGUUUGGGCGAGUCUUUUAUUAGUGGCGAAGACUCAGUGGUGCCAGAUAUUCAAAUGUUGAAUCUUCACUGUGCCCGAGCUUUUCCACCACGAAACAGAACUCCAGAAGCCAAAGAAGAAGCAGCAGCCAGUUGGGAGCCUGUACGAGAAUGGCUGAGGACUCGGUCAGCCGAAGAAGUUCGGGCUGCAGCAGAACAGCGAGGAGAUUCUGCCAUGACGGCACUCCAUUUUGCCUGCCGAAAUGCCCCUCCCACCGAUGUGAUUGAUGUAUUUCUCAGUAUUGCAGAAGAUACAGUGCAAUGGCCCGAUUCCUUUGGUUGGUUACCAAUUCAUUAUGCUUGUGCCUGUGGGGCUGAAACUGAAGUCAUCAAACAGUUGGCAGAAGCAUUUCCGGAAUCCAAAACUACGGUUGACCGCCGUGGAAGAACACCUCUUCAUUUUGCUCUGGGAAAUUCUAGCAAGCCAGUAUCUCCGGAUGUGGUUGUACUGCUCAGUAGUUCAGGAGCUGCUGGAUAUGCUGAUGACAAUGGAAUGUUGCCGCUGCACUAUGCAUGUGCCUAUGGUGCCAGUGAAGAAGCGCUGUAUGUUUUGACGGGGGCCUAUCCUGAUGCCAUUACUACCCAGGAUCGCCGCGGCCGAACACCCUUGCAUUUUGCCCUUUCCAAUGCUGGACGUCGUGCUGCCCCUUCUGCUGUUCGCUUGUUGGUUGGUUUCAAUCGAGAUAUUGUAAAUUCACGCGGCGGCUCUUCCAAUCCACUUCGUGUUCUAGCCGAAUUUGCUUCCACAAUCCGUGAAGACGAUGACCAAAAGGAUUCUGUUCACAAAUGUCUGGAGCAUUUGUUGAACGCCGAACCAGAACCCACAGCAGAUUUCUUUACGGCGCUGCAGUCACUGCCUGAUUGGCUGAGUGAACAAGCUGUUGUGAUGGAAGUUGUCCAGACACUUCUCAAUGAGAAGAUUUCCCAGCGAUUCCCAACUGCGGUUUUGAUGGUGGAUGCCUAUGUCCUUGUCAUGGUCAUCAUCACCUACUCUUUCAAUGUACAAACUUCCAUUGAACGAAGAAAUGAAUGCUUGGAUCAAGAAUGUGUCAAAAUUUCAGCGUCUACGUUGAUGCCUCUCUAUCUGGGUGGCUCGUACUUUCUGCUCCGUGAAAUCAUCCAAUUGAUCAGUUUACUCUCUCUGAAGGCCUUCAAUGUCUGGUACACCAACGCAACCAACUGGCUCAACUUGAUCUUUGUCUUCUGCGUCCUCUUUUGGACAGGACACAUGCAGAACGGCACUGCUGAUAACGAUUUCUUCAGGGUUGGAUGCGCAUUCUCGGUCACAGUUCUUUGGACCAAAUUGCUUGGGUAUUUGAGAAAUGUGUUGAUUGACUUUGCUGUCUUUGUUGGUGGUGUAUUCUAUGUGGUCAAUCGCCUUGCAGCCUUCUUGAUCUCUUUGGGUAUCAUUCUGAUUGCAUUUUCACAAAUGUUCUUCACCAUCUUCCUUGAGAGCGACACCUGUCUCAGUCAACCAGAAUUCAAUAAAACAGAGCUGAAUGCAAUCCUCCGUUGCGAGGGAGAGGCACCUACAGAGCCAUUUUGUAAUCGGUGGACUUCAUUCCUACGUGUUUACACCAUGUUGUUGGGGGAAGUUGAUGAGAACGAAUUCUUUUACGAAGGUCGGGCCCAAGGGAUUGCCCUGGCAUUGUUUUUGAUUUUUAUGUUCUUGGUCGUCAUCUUGUUGGCGAAUGUGUUGAUUGCCAUCGUGACAGACAGUUACAAAGUUAUCCAGGACCAGCGUGCUGCCAUUGUGUUCUGGACAAAUCGGUUGGAUUUCGUGGCAGAGAUGGACGCCAUUGCAAAUGGACCUUGGAAAGCAAAAUUGAAAAAGUCGAUGGGAUGGGAAGACGAGGAUGGUAGUGGUGGUGAUGGCGCCGCUAACAACAGCAAUUUCCAAGGUGUUUUUGGAAAAGAGUCAUGGAAACGUCUGAUGGAUUUAUUUGAGGAUGAAAUUGAUGACUCAGUUGUCUCAUUGGAAUACUUUUUGUACACACUACUGCGCGUUUCAGUGGCAGUGAUUGUCAUUCCUUUGUGGAUUUUCUUGGGAGUUGUCACUGCUGGAUGGUUGUGGCCUCCUCAAAUCCGCGAGGCUGUGUUUACCAGUUCUGUGUUCAAGCACACCAAUGAUUCUGAGAGGGAAGACGAACUUCGCAAGAUCCAAGUGAAGAAGUUGGAGCAAGAGGUGAAAGAUCUGAAGGACGAGCUACUGAAGGAGCUAGCAAUGGAUCGGACACAGGUGGUUCAGAUGAAGUCUGUGGUGGCAGAGCGAAAGGUCGAAAUUGCCAAUGAGAUGAAACAUGUGAAGAGGAUUGUGACGAUGCUGUUUGAGCAACUAUCCGGUUUUGGAUAAGACCCAGAUACCAUUUGGCAGGAGAGGAUAUACGAUGCGAGUCAAGAGGUGUAUUUAGGGGGGCUGCCCAUUUCGACUACAUACAUGUUUACAUCUAGCCCUCUCUACUGCAUCUCAUCUAGCUAGUACCGCAGCAAUGCCUGCCAGUCCCUGAACGGAUCUGAUAGCGAGCCUUUGGCCCAGCCAUGAAAUUUGGAGUUAGUACCUAUACUAGUACGCAUGCCCUCGGGCUGCGCUUCUCCCUAUU